CACUACCCCCAAAUUUAACACUAGCAGACUUUUGCAGAAGCCCAACGAUACAAAACAUCUGAACCCAGAGGAUCAGUUAGCACAAAGAUGGCUUCAACUUCUGCUGUCUCGAUGGCAAUGCCAUUGACCACCGCCUCCUCGGCGCAGAGGAAGCCGGCCGAGUGCUUCUUCAAGCCGCUACCCGCGAGGCUGUCGAAGAAGAGCCCUUUCGUCGGAGCAUCGAAAUCGGGCGGGAAGUUUGAAGUCAGGGCCUCCCUCAAGGAGAAGGCCAUCACAGGGCUCACGGCUGCUGCCCUCACGGCCUCGAUGGUGAUUCCGGAGGUGGCUGAGGCUGCAGGAUCCGGUGUAUCCCCCUCUCUCAAGAACUUCCUCCUCAGUAUCGUCGCAGGCGGUGUUGUGCUCGGAGUGAUUGUCGGGGCUGUGAUCGGAGUCGCCAACUUCGACCCCGUCAAGCGGACUUAAGAUGGAUAAAGAGAGGAAAAGAGUUCUUCUUCCCAUCUAAGCUAUCUGCUGUAUUUUUUAUUUUUCUGUACUGAUAUCUGUACUCUUUUUAUCCGUGAUAUGCAAUUCUCUUUGAACUACCCAAAAAUCGUUUAAUUUCAUUUUGGCCCGA